CUUUGGUUAGUUGAAGGCCUUUCGGUUUUACUUUGCUGAUUGUGUUUUUGGGUCUUAAUUAGAUUUGAUUAAUUGUUUUUUUUGUUGGUGAUUGUUAAUGAAAAAUGUCUAUUUUACACCUUCGACCGACUCUACAACGUGAAAUAAUUAAACUAUUACGAUGUAAAUCUAAUUUUAAAUUAUCUUCUGCUAGUUAUUAUGAAUUUAAAGAUAUCAUUGGUAACCGGGAGAUAGUUGGUUAUGGUAAUGAUGGUCAACCUUUUUAUUAUGAUCGUCUUAAUCAACCAUUUCCAGCAAUUAGAUUUAAGGAAGAUUCACCUGAUAUGUUAGCAUUAAAAGAGAAAGAAAAAGGUGAUUGGAAAUCAUUAACCAUAGAAGAAAAGAAACAAUUAUAUCGACAUUCAUAUUGUCGUACAUAUGCUGAAUUAACAGCACCAACUGGUGAUUGGAAACAAGUGAUUGCUGGUAUUCUUGGAAUUGUUGGUUUGACUUUUCUAGUUGUUGUUGGAGAGAAAGAGUUUCUUUUUCCACCAUUACCCGAGUCUAUGAAUGAAGAAAAUACCAGGAGGUUCAUGAAGUUUGCUCUUUUCAACAGAAUAGAUGAAUUUGAUGGAUACGCAUCUAAAUGGGACUAUGAAAACAAUUGCUGGAAGAAAUAAAUACACAAACACAACAACAACAACAAUCUAAAUCAUCUCUCUCAUGCAAUGUUAUCAACGACUAACAAAUGAUCGAGUGUUACCAUUUUGUAACCUGAUCAUUAAAUUAGAUGCUGCCCAAAGUAGUCAAUAGAAAUACAAUAAAUUAAAUUGUAAAAAGUCAAUUGUUUUACAAAAAAAAAUGCAAAUCUCUAAUCUUUAAUCUCGGAAAUGGAUUAUCGUCAACGUGAAUAAUAAUAAGAACCAUAGUCUCAGUUUUAAAAAUUAAAUUAUUCCGUUGAUAAAUUAUGUUAAUCAUUUCAAUUUGAAAAAGCAAUUGGUUCAUAUUCAUCAUCAUUGGCAAUUAAUCAUUAAAAUUGGUUGUAACACUUUUAUUUAAAUCAAUAUUAGAAAUGUAAUUGGACAAAUUAUUGAUCAAUUCAAGUCUUAUUUUGAAAAAUGAAUCGUACCCAAUGAUCAUGAUCAUAAAAUGUAAAGAUUAAUUGUAAUCGAAAUGACAAUUGAAUGUGCUGAACAUUAGAUUAUCGUCAUUACCGCCACCGAACGCUAACAACCUACGAAAAACGACCUUUUCACUAUUAACAAAUCGAUUGUCAUAAUAUUUAUAAACAUAAAGGUUAACCUGUUCAGAACAUUA